AUGACACCUGAGAAGAUGCUGAGCUCCCUGGACGAUCAGCUGAUCGUCACCACGGGAUUUGGCUGGUGGCCAGCAACAGGUGUGUGGACUGCAGACUCUGAUGGCCUGUGGGGACUCUGCGAGGAGGCCAGGGUUAAAGAUCAGACCGUUGGUGACCAUGUGUGGCUGAACCCCCCCUGUGCCAACAAGACUGGCGUGGCCAUCGGGGGCAUCAUCAAAGAAACAAAGCCCAGCAAGAUCUUGGUUGAAGAUGACGAGGGCAAGGAACACUGGAUCCAAGCAGAGGGCCUUGGCACCCUCAGCCCCAUGCACCCCAACUCGGCCCAGGGUGUGGAGGACAUGAUCCGCCUGGGGGACCUGAACGAGGCAGGCAUUGUGCACAACCUCCUGAUCCGCUACCAGCAGCACAAGAUCUACACGUACACAGGCUCCAUCCUGGUGGCCGUGAACCCGUUCCAGGUGCUGCCCCUCUACACCCUGGAGCAGGUACAGCUGUACUACAACCGCCACGUGGGCGAGCUGCCGCCGCACGUCUUCGCCAUCGCCAACAACUGCUACUUCAACAUGAAGAGGAACAAGAGGGACCAGUGCUGCAUCAUCAGCGGCGAGUCUGGGGCGGGGAAGACGGAGACCACGAAGCUCAUCCUGCAGUUCCUGGCCACCGUCAGUGGCCAACAUUCAUGGAUUGAGCAGCAGGUCCUGGAGGCCAACCCUAUUCUGGAAGCCUUUGGAAAUGCCAAGACAAUCCGAAAUGACAACUCAAGCCGCUUCGGGAAGUACAUCGACAUCUACUUCAACCCCAGUGGGGUGAUCGAGGGUGCGCGCAUCGAGCAGUUUCUUCUGGAGAAGUCCCGGGUCUGCCGGCAGGCCCCAGAGGAACGGAACUACCACAUCUUCUACUGCAUGCUCCUCGGCAUGAGCACCGACGAGAAGCAGCUGCUGGGCCUGGGGACGCCCUCUGAGUACCACUACCUGACCAUGGGGAACUGCACCUCCUGCGAGGGGCUCAACGAUGCCAAGGACUACGCCCAUGUCCGCUCGGCCAUGAAGAUCCUCAUGUUCUCUGACUCCGAGAACUGGGACCUCAGCAAGCUGCUGGCAGCCAUUCUCCACCUGGGCAAUGUGGAGUUUAUGGCCGCGGUCUUUGAGAAUCUGGAUUCCUCGGACGUGAUGGAGACGCCUGCCUUUCCCACUGUGAUGAAGUUACUGGAGGUGAAGCACCAGGCACUCCGGGACUGUCUAAUCAAGCACUCCAUCAUCGUCCGCGGGGAGUUUGUCACCAGGCCCCUGAACAUCGCCCAGGCCGCAGACCGGAGGGACGCCUUUGCCAAGGGCAUCUAUGGGCACCUGUUCCUGUGGAUUGUCAAGAAGAUCAACACUGUGAUUUUCACUCCACCUGCCCAGGACCCCAAAAAUGUGCGAAGAGCCAUUGGCCUCCUGGACAUAUUUGGCUUUGAAAAUUUCCAGAACAAUAGCUUCGAGCAGCUGUGCAUCAACUUCGCCAACGAGCACCUGCAGCAGUUCUUCGUGCAGCACGUGUUCAGCCUAGAACAGGAGGAGUACCGCUCAGAGAACAUUGCCUGGGAUUACAUCCACUACACCGACAAUCGGCCCACUCUCGAUCUGCUGGCCCUCAAGCCCAUGAGCAUCAUCUCCCUCCUGGACGAAGAGAGCCACUUCCCACAGGGCACAGAUACCACGAUGCUGCAAAAACUGAACAGUGUCCACGCCAACAACAAGGCCUUCUUGCAACCCAGGAACAUCCAUGAUGCCAGAUUUGGCAUUGCCCACUUUGCUGGCGAGGUGUACUACCAGGCAGAAGGCUUCCUGGAGAAGAAUCGAGAUGCGCUGAGCACAGAUAUCCUCGCCCUGGUCUACUCCUCCGAAAACAAGUUCCUGAGGCAGAUCUUCAAGCUGGAGUCGGCAGAGACCAAGCUGGGCCACGGGACCAUCAUCAAGGCAAAGGCCGGGAGCCUGCUCUUCAAGUCUGCGGACUCCAACAAGCGGCCCUCCACCUUGGCAGGCCAGUUCAAGCGGUCCCUCGACCAGCUGAUGAAAAUCCUGACCGAUUGCCAGCCCUACUUCAUCCGCUGCAUCAAACCCAAUGAGUACAAGAAGCCACUGCUCUUCGACCGGGAGCUGUGCCUCAGGCAGCUGCGGUACUCGGGCAUGAUGGAGACCGUGCACAUCCGCAAGUCGGGCUUCCCCAUCCGCUACACGUUCGAGGAGUUCUCGCAGCGCUUCCGCGUCCUGCUGCCCAGCGCCGUGCGCCUGCAGCUGCGGGACAAGUUUCACCAGAUGGCUUUGCACAUCGCCGAAAUGUGGCUGGGGACAGACAAAGACUGGAAAGUGGGAAAGACCAAAAUUUUCCUGAAGGAAAACCAGGACACUCUGCUGGAGGUACAGAGGAGUCAGGCCCUGGACAAAGCAACGGUCAGCAUCCAGAGAGUCCUGCGGGGCUACAAAUACAGGAAGGAGUUCCUGAGGCAGAGGCGGGCAGCCAUCACCCUCCAGGCCCAGUGGAGAGGCUACUACAACAGGCGGAACUUCAAGCUGAUCCUCCUGGGUUUUGAGCGCCUGCAGGCCAUUGCCCGGAGCCACCUGUUGGCAAAGCAGUACCAGGCCACACGGCAGAGGACGGUUCGGCUGCAGGCCCUCUGCAGGGGCUAUCUGGUGCGCCAGCAAGUCCAGGCCAAGAGGAGGGCAGUGGUGGUCAUCCAGGCACAUGCCAGGGGCAUGGCUGCCCGGCGGAACUUCCAGCGGCAGAAAGCCGAUGGCCCUCUGGUCAUCCCAGCUGAAGAACAGAAGAAAGAAAGCGCUCCGCCUGUGAGGAAGCGGAAGUCAAUCUAUGACACCGUCACUGACACAGAGAUGGUAGAGCAAGUGUUCGGCUUCCUCCCUUCCAUGAUCGGGGACCAGGAGGGCCAGGCCUCACCACGCUUCGAGGAUCUGGAAACCAGGACCCAGAAGCUACCUGAGGUUGAUCUGGACACAGUCCCUAUGGUGGAAGAGCCUGAGGAGGACGUGGACGGCCUGGCCGAGUACACCUUCCCCAAGUUCGCUGUGACCUACUUCCAGAAAUCAGCUAGCCACACACACAUCCGGCGGCCCCUCCGAUACCCACUGCUGUACCACGAGGACAGCGCUGACUGCUCGGCCGCCCUGGCCAUGUGGAGCAUCAUCCUGAGGUUCAUGGGUGACCUUCCGGAGCCAGUGCUCUUUGCCAGGAGCAGCCUGCGUGGUGGCAGCUCAAUGAUGCAGCAGAUCCACGACACGCUGGGCAGAGGAAGCAGCACCCAGUCUCCACAGCACAGUGGGUCUGCACAGAGGCCCAGCCUCAGGGACAAAGGGACCAAGGACAUCUCCUCCAUGAAGCUGAAGCGGUCCUCCCGCAUCACGGGCCAGGUGGCCAGCCAGCUGAAUAUCGGGGAGGAAGCGUUUGAGCCUGACGGCCCCAUCUCAGACCGACCCAUGUCAAACCUGGAGAAGGUGCACUUCAUUGUGGGCUAUGCCAUCCUGCGGCCCAGCCUCAGGGAUGAGAUUUACUGCCAGAUCUGCAAGCAGCUGUCGGAGAACUUCAAAACAAGCAGCCUGGCCCGGGGCUGGAUCCUGCUCAACCUCUGCCUGGGCUGCUUCCCACCCUCCGAGAGGUUCCUGAAGUAUCUGCUGAACUUCAUUGGUCAAGGGCCGGCCAGCUACGGGCCCUUCUGCAUUGAGCGCCUGAGACGCACCUGUGCCAAUGGGGUGCGCACAGAGCCCCCUACCUGGCUGGAGCUGCAGGCUGUCAAGUCCAAGAAACACAUCCCCAUCCAUGUCAUCUUGGUGACUGGAGAGAGCCUGACUGUCACGGUCGACUCAGCCUCAACGUCGCGGGAAGUCUGCCUGCACAUCGCCCGCAAGCAGGGCCUGAGUGACCACCUGGGCUUUUCCCUCCAGGUCGCCGUGUAUGACAAGUUCUGGUCCCUGGGCAGCGGGCGUGACCAUGUGAUGGACGCCAUCGCCCAGUGUGAGCAGCUGGCCCGGGAAAGGGGCGAGAAGGAGCGGCAGUCGCCCUGGCGCAUCUACUUCCGGAAGGAGUUCUUCACACCCUGGCAUGACUCCCAGGAGGAUCCCGUCAGUACCGAGCUCAUCUACCGCCAAAUCCUCCGUGGAGUCUGGUCCGGCGAGUACAGCUUUGAGAAGGAGGAAGAGCUGGUAGAGCUGCUGGCCCGGCACUGCUAUGUGCAGCUAGGCGCCGUGGCGAGGAGCGAGGCCAUCCAGGAGCUGCUGCCCAGCUGUGUCCCCUCCAAGCUGUACAGGACCAAGGCCCCGGAGAAGUGGGCUAGCCUCGUCACUGCCGCCCAUGCCAAGGCGCCGUACACCCAGAAGCAGGUGACGCCGCUGGCCGUGCAGGAGCAGGUGGUGGACGCCGCCCGCGUGCAGUGGCCGAUGCUCUUCUCCCAGCUCUUUGAACUCACCACACUCUCCGGCCCCCGACUGCCCAAGACUCAGCUGAUCUUGGCUGUUAACUGGAAGGGGCUGUACUUCCUGGACCAGAGGGAGAAGAUGCUCCUAGAACUCUCUUUCCCAGAGGUCAUGAGUCUGAUCACCAACAGGGAGGCCCGGGGCGGGCAGAGGCUGGUGCUCUGCACACUGCACGAGGAGGAGUACGAGUUCCUGUCCCCUAGCAGUGUGGCCAUCGCCGAGCUGGUGGCCUUGUUUCUGGAGGGCUUGAAGGAGAGGUCCGUGUUCGCCAUGGCCCUGCAAGACAGGAAGGCCACAGAUGACGCCACCCUCCUGCCCUUCAAGAAGGGGGACUUGCUGAUCCUGACAAAGAAGCAGCGGCUGUUGGCCUCUGAGAACUGGAGCCUGGGCCAGAACGACAGGACGGGCAAGACAGGGCUGGUGCCCACGGCCUGCCUCUACACCAUCCCGACGGUCACCAAGCCCUCAGCACAGCUGCUGAGCUUGCUGGCCAUGUCACCAGAAAAGCGGAAGCUGGCAGCCCAGGAGGGGCGGCCCCCAGAGCUGCCACCUGAGGAGGAGCCCAAGGAGAAGCCGCACACCCUGGAGGAAUUCUCCUACGAGUUUUUCAGGGCCCCGGAGAAGGAGACCAUCAGUAGAGCCAUGUUCCCUCUGGCCCGGACCCGGGGCCGCCUGUGGGCCCACUCUCCUGAGCCGCUGCGGCAGCCUCUGCUCAAGCGCGUCCAUGCCAACGCUGAGCUGCGGGACCUCGCCUGCCAGACCUUCAUUGCCAUCCUCAGGUACAUGGGUGACUACCCCUCCCGGCAGGCCUGGACCUCCCUGGAGCUCAGCGACCAGAUCUUCUCAUUGGCCCUGCAGGACACGGCCCUGCAGGAUGAGGUCUACUGCCAGAUCCUGAAGCAGCUGACACACAAUACCCAGAGGUACAGCGAGGAGCGGGGCUGGCAGCUGCUGUGGCUCUGCACAGGCCUCUUCCCGCCUGGCAAGGCCCUGCUGCCCCACGCCCAGAAGUUCAUAGACACUCGGAGGAGGAAGCUGCUGGCCCCUGACUGCAGCCGCCGUAUCCAGAGGGUGCUGAGGGCGGGGCCCCGGAAGCAGCCCCCACACCAGAGGGAGGUGGAGGCCGUGGAGCAGAACAUCUUCCCCAUCCGCCACAAGAUCUACUUCCCCAACGACACUAUUGAGGUGCUGGAGGUGGGCUCCAACAUGCGCGUGCGAGAAGUAUGCGAGGGCAUCGCCGCCACCCUGCAGCUGGCCUCCUGGGAAGGCUGCAGCCUCUUCAUCAAGAUCGCAGACAAGGUCAUCAGCCAGAAGGAGGGAGACUUCUUCUUCGACUCCUUGCGGCAGGUAUCUGACUGGGUGAGGAAGAACAAGCCCCAGAAAGAAGGGGGCCCCGUGACCCUCCCCUACUGGGUGUACUUCAUGCGGAAACUGUGGCUCAACGUGGCCCCGGGGAAGGACGUGAACGCAGACACCGUACUCCAUUACCACCAGGAGCUGCCCAAGUACCUGCGUGGGUUCCACAAGUGUUCACGGGAAGACGCCAUCCACCUGGCAGGCCUCAUCUACAAGGCCCAGUUUGACAGUGACCGGGCCCAGCUAGCUGGUAUCCCCAAGAUCCUGAGGGAACUCGUGCCCGAGAACCUCACACGCCUGAUGUCCUCGGAGGAAUGGAAAAAGAGCAUCCUUCUGGCCUGUGACAAGCACAGGGACAAGACGGUGGAGGAGGCCAAAGUGGCCUUCCUGAAGUGGAUCUGCCGGUGGCCCACCUUUGGGUCUGCCUUCUUUGAGGUGAAGCAAACCUCAGAGCCCUCCUACCCGGACAUCAUCCUCAUCGCCAUCAACCGGCACGGGGUUCUGCUUAUCCACCCCAAGACCAAGGAGCUGCUCACCACCUACCCCUUCACCAAGAUCGCCAGCUGGAGCAGUGGCAGCACCUACUUCCACAUGGUGCUAGGGAGCCUGGGCCGGGGCAGCCGCCUGCUGUGUGAGACCUCUCUGGGUUACAAGAUGGACGACCUGCUGACCUCGUAUGUGCAGCAGCUCCUGAGCACCAUGAACAAGCAGUGGGGCUCCCGGGCCCCAGCCCUGGCCGAUCUGUAGCAGUGGGGGCUUGCCUGCCACUCAGUCACCCUCCCAGUCUGGGGUCCUGGGGCACUUCCCUGGUGCCCUUCUCUCAGCCCAGGGCCUGCCUCCUGCAGGCAGUCUUUCAUUUUGCCCUCUCCCCAAAACACCCCCACACCCCUCUGCAGCCCAAGUGGGCCCUCUCCCCUAGGUGCUGACCAUGGGGGCCAAAGGAGGGAGCCCAGGGGGAGGCCGGGACUGUCAGGCCUCCAGGCCGAUGGGUGGAUGGCUAAGAUGACCCACCUCCCCAAAAAUGUUCAAUAAAAAUUC